GCCCCACCUCCCGCUCGCUCCCGGGCUCCCGGACCCAUCCUCGCUGAGCCCCUUAGGAACCGAGCCGGGCCAGCGGGGCCGGGCCGGGGCUGCGGGCGAGUGGGCCCGUGGCUAUGAAGUGGCCCCCGAGGGCGCAGAGCCCGAAAACCCCCCGGGAAGGAAACGCACGCCGCCCUGGGCAUCAGCCUGGGGACGCCGGAGCCGGGGCGUAGGGCCGCCGCCCGCGAUGGACCGCGCCUGGGACGCUUCUGUCUCGCAGCCGCAGCCUCUUUGUGUUAGAAGAAAGAAACUGAAUUAUAAAUACCACAUCUAGAAGGGCAGGACCUGAGACACCUUUGCCAGAUGACAUCCCAUCAUGAGGUCAGUAGGUGUCCACUUCUGAGGGUUCCUGACACUGCCAACGACAACUGUCCCUUCGCAGACUCCCAUCUGGCUGGACUCUACAAGCUUCCACAAUGGGUAAUGAGGAGCCGUGGGUGCAGCAAGCUUUGGAGAUGCCGAAGAGACGGGACAUCCUUGCGAUUGUCCUCAUCGUGCUGCCCUGGACGUUGCUCAUCACUGUUUGGCACCAGAGCAGCCUCGCACCACUCCUUGCUGUGCACAAGGAUGAGGGCAGCGACCCCCGGCACGAGGCGCCAGCAGGCACGGACCCUAGGGAGUACUGCAUGUCUGACCGCGACAUCGUGGAGGUGGUCCGCACCGAGUAUGUCUACACAAGGCCGCCGCCGUGGUCUGAUACACUGCCCACCAUCCACGUGGUGACGCCCACCUACAGCCGACCGGUGCAGAAGGCGGAGCUGACGCGCAUGGCCAACACGCUGCUGCACGUGCCCAACCUGCACUGGCUGGUGGUGGAGGACGCGCCUCGCAGGACCCCGCUGACAGCGCGCCUGCUCCGCGACACCGGCCUCAACUACACGCACCUCCACGUGGAGACGCCUCGAAACUACAAGCUGCGGGGCGAUGCCCGGGACCCCCGCAUCCCGCGCGGCACCAUGCAGCGCAACCUGGCUCUGCGCUGGCUGCGGGAGACCUUCCCACGUAAUUCCACCCAGCCAGGAGUGGUUUACUUCGCAGAUGACGACAACACAUACAGUCUGGAGCUCUUUGAGGAGAUGCGCAGCACCAGGAGGGUAUCGGUAUGGCCUGUGGCCUUCGUUGGUGGCCUUCGAUAUGAGGCCCCACGGGUGAAUGGGGCAGGGAAGGUUGUUGGCUGGAAGACAGUGUUCGACCCCCACCGACCUUUUGCAAUAGACAUGGCUGGAUUUGCAGUCAACUUGAGGCUCAUCUUGCAGCGGAGCCAGGCCUACUUCAAGCUACGUGGUGUAAAGGGAGGCUACCAGGAAAGCAGUCUCCUUCGAGAACUUGUCACCCUCAAUGACCUGGAGCCAAAGGCAGCCAAUUGCACCAAGAUCCUGGUCUGGCACACACGGACAGAGAAGCCAGUGCUGGUGAAUGAGGGGAAGAAGGGCUUCACUGACCCCUCAAUGGAGAUCUGAGCCUCAGGAUGCAGGAACCUCCUUCCCAGACCCUUGGCCUUCCAUCCUCUCAUAUGGCUGAUAGCUCCUCCAAGAGGCAGACUCCUAAGGAACGCCAUCACCUCUUUUCUAUUCUGGGGGCUUCUGAGAGAGCCCAGCUUGAUGCCAGGAUAAAAGACAGAAUUUAAGCACAGAAAUCUCAGACCUGUUGCUAUAUCCAUCCAACAUGGCCAGGGGGCCUGAGAGACCUAAGAGCUGGGGGUUCCAGCUGCCAGCAAAACCCAUGCCCAGCACACUUCUUUGGAAGCUUUCUGCAGUGAUGGGGCUGUGCGAGCAAGUGCUGCAGGCACCCAUCCAGCCCUAAGAUGAUACGGGGGCUGGAGGGAACUUAGAAGAUCCCACUGUCAAGUGCAGCAUGGCUCCUGGGCUCAGUAUGACUACACAGCAUGCCUGGCCAGGGACUAAUGAAGACCAGAGAGCAGUCCAGGGCAAUCUCAGUGCCCCAACGCCCCUCUUCAGCAGCUGCUCUUCCUCAGAGCUGCACCCAAAUCAGACAUACCUCUGGCUCUCCUCUGGUUCAUGUUUACAGGGCAUAAGGCUGUCUUGGAUCCCACCUGGCUCCCAGCCCUGCAUGGGGGGAGCCUGGGCCUGCCCACAGGCCCCCUGUACCUCAGAGCUCUUCCUCUUGCCCACAUCCCUCAAGCCUCCUCUCCUGGCAUUGGCAAGGAGAUGGGCCUCGAGCCAGCAUAGGUUACUGAUUGAUCGGGACAAAAAAAAGAAAACAAGACCCCACUAUCCACACACUGCCUCCCAAAAGUCCCUGCGCUAUAGUGCCCCUUCACUAGCCUAGGAAGGUAAAAUCCCUCUUCCUGGAACCCCUGAGAACCACAGACUUCAGGGUUGGUAUAAGCAGUAGUAGCAGACAAAGCACUUCCCAAGAAAGCAUGAGGCUGGUAGUUCCAGCCCAAGCACUGGUUUCAGUGGGGGUUGGAUUAGCAUGGGAUUCAGGUACAGACAGGGAUUUGUUUGAACACUGAGGAAAGGGGACACACACCUUUACAAACUAUUCUAUCUUAACCACAAUUUGGGAAAGAAUGUUUCUCCCUCUGCUUUGGAACAUGCAGAGCCAGCCUGCCACAUACCCACUGCCCAGAGAGAAGAGUAUGCCCAUUCUGCUGCUCUCCACCCAGGAAAAGCAUGUGACUGGGUUGCCAGGCAUCUGAGAGGCCCAGCUCUGGUCAGGUGGGGGCCUCUGGUGGUGGUUCUACCCCUACUUGUACAAGUUGGAAGCACAAUUUUCCUCCCAAAUGGAGGAAAAAGAAAGGGCCCAUGCCCACUGAAGACCAGUUUAUUUCUUAAUUGCUAACAGCUUCCCACUCCAUUAAAACUCACAGGACAGGUCUGAGAUCCAUCCAGAACCCAUUCCUGGAUAGGACUCAGUCCAUAUACCUAACACUCAGAAUAUAGCAUCAGCUGCCUAUUUUGAAAUGUAUUUAACUUCCCAUAGCAUUUAUGAAAUCAUCUGUUGACAUGAGAUCCAAGAGCCACCUUGCAGGAUGUUGUCCCCAGUCUCUUAACACUUUGGAUGUUACUUUGUAAAUUCAUCCAUUGACAUCAAGUGGGGUGGCAUGGGAGAAAGAAGAGGUGGGCAUCCAUCAAAUAAGUGAAUAUAUAUCUAGGCACUCUUGCUUUCUCAUAGAAACUAACCCUGGAUGCCAAGGUCAAAUUGGCUACCCUGAGGCGAAAUUUUUAGCCUCAACUCUAAGGCUCAUUUUGGAGAAAUUGAAAAUAAAAAAAACUGGGGAUUUUAUUUUUAGCAGAUCCUAAUUCAGUUGUUUUCACUACUAUCCUCUCGUAGCUGCAUGUGUAUUUAUUUAUAAUUAUAACCCUUGUGAAAACUGCAGCCUUCAUCUUUGUUCAUAAUGAGUUUGUUAUAAAUUAGAACUGAAUCUAUGAUGACAACUUGUUCUUCAAACCCAGUUUAUUCCCUGCUGCCUCCCUGGCAAGCCCCACCACAAAAGAGUGAAGAAGCCAGGGUUCAGGAGUUCCAAGCGCAGAGGCUGGAGUGAGGGUGGAGGCCCAGCUGCUACACCAUCCGGUCUGUUUUAAUUUAACUGUAUUUAAUUUGUUUUCAAAAUUAAAAAUCAAAUGUGGUUUUUAACAACCCUAA